GUUCACUCGCAAACGUUUCGGGGUCGCCUUGACACGCUCGCGAAUCGUAACGCUGCUCAGUAAAAAAAAGCGGUCACAAAUCGCGAAAAGUUCCAAAAUUUCCGUAAAAGUUGUAUAUAUUUCGUCACUACGUGUCCUGCCGUCCACAGUGAUCCUAAAAAGACAACAUGUUCAAAUUUAUACUGCCCGUAUUAUUACUGAUUGCAUCAUGUCUAGACAGUGCGGCGAGCCAAACCCGUCGAUUCCCCGACGACUUUCGCUGGGGAGUUGGUUCAUCUUCCUAUCAAAUCGAGGGAGGUUGGAACGCGGAUGGUAAGGGGGAGUCGAUCUGGGACUUUCUUACACACAAUUAUCCCGAGAAAAUAGCCGAUAAGUUAAACGGUGAUAUCUCGGCGGACAGCUAUCAUCAGUGGAAACGAGAUGUUCAAAUGGUGAAGGAACUGCAUGCGGGCACGUACCGCUUCUCCUUGUCCUGGACCCGAAUAAUGCCCGGUGGAUAUAAGAAUAACGUCAGCACGGCGGGCAUUGAAUACUACUCAAACCUGAUCGACGAGCUGCUCCGGUACAAUAUUACUCCGAUGGUGACGAUCUACCAUUGGGACAUGCCGCAAAGGCUUCAGGAGCUGGGCGGCUGGACCAAUCCGGAGAUUAUACCCGUGUUCAAGGAUUACGCUCGCUUGGUGCUGGAAAUGUUCGGUGAUCGGGUAAAGACCUGGACCACGAUCAACGAGCCCUUGCAUGUGUGUGAGUGUGGCUAUGGGCUGGAUUAUAUGGCACCGUCUUAUAACUACCCCGGCAUUCCCUCCUAUCUGUGUGGUCACAACGUGCUGAAAGCCCACGCUGAGGUGGUGCACAUGUAUCGGGAACUCUUCCAGUCGCAGCAAGGUGGACGCAUUGGCAUUACCAUGGAUACAUCCUGGAUGGAGCCCAAGGAUGUCACCUCCACCGAGGAUCGCGAGGCCUCCGAGCGAGCCUUGCAGUUCUAUUUGGGCUGGUUUGCACACCCCAUCUUCUCCAAGGAAGGCAACUAUCCCAAGGUGAUGAUCGAGAGGAUCAGGAAUCUGAGCAAGGAGCAGGGCUUUGGUGAUCGCUCCAGAUUGCCCGAAUUCACCGCGGAGGAGAUUCAGCGCAUCCGUGGCACCGCCGAUUUCUUUGGAAUAAAUUCGUACACCACCAAACUGGUCUAUUCGAAUGGACACAACAAUACCGGCAAGUUCCCGGUUCCUUCGUUCAAUCACGAUAUGGGAGCGGUGGAGACCCAGAAGGGCGUCGACUGGCCCAGUUCGGGGUCUAGUUGGCUUAAGGUCUAUCCCAGGGGAAUGUACAACCUGUUGAUGUGGAUUCACCGAGAGUACAACCCACCCAGGAUAUUGGUCACGGAGAAUGGCGUCAGCGAUCGUGGUGGUCUGGAGGACUACGCUCGUGUGGAUUACUAUAACCUAUAUCUCUCAGCGGUGCUGGAUGCCAUCGAGGACGGUGUGAAUGUCAAGGGCUAUAUGGCCUGGAGUCUGAUGGACAGCUAUGAGUGGAAGGUUGGCUUUUCCGAGAAGUUUGGCCUCUAUCACGUGGACUUCAAUUCGCCGAAUCGCACAAGAACCCCCAAGGUUUCGGCGCUAGUCAUGGCCCAGAUCUAUAAGACCAACACCAUCGAUUGGAGCUACAGACCCAAGCUCAAUGAGGAACAGCUGGUGGCCUUGGCCCAGUUGUCGACCGAGAAUCAACAGCCCAAAACAAGUGGUGCUAGUGGAGCUGUGAGUUGGAGUCUCACGGGUCUUCUUCUCCUGGCUCUCCUUAGAUAAGAGAAAACGCGUUAGGAAGAGCCUUGCUAUAUCCU